GGCGUAGAUACGUGGUCGACGCGCGCAUAAUCACAAAUCAGAAUAUAUUGUUUUUGGAUCGGAAGAGAGAUCUAGAAGAAGAAGAAGAAGAAGAAGAAGGGGGAAUAAUGGCAUUGCAAUGGCUGAUUCUGUCGUAUGUGGUUGCCGCCGAGGUAGCGAUCGCCGUCAUCUUGACUCUCCCUUACCCAAUGCUCCUGAAGAAACGCAUCGUAUCACUUAUCUCGCUCAUACUCAAUCCUGCCGCUUCCAUCGUCGCCUUCGCUGGAUUUCAACUCCUCGAUAUUUACUGGAAGAAUGAGCAUAGGCUAUUGUGCUCAUCUGAAGUUUGCACUACUACAGAGCGGGAUCGUCACGAGAAAUCCGUCUAUAAGGCUCAGAGGAAUGGGGUUCUGUGUGCGGCUGGGAUCCUUCUCUACUGGUGCAUCUUCCGCAUCUGCAAGUACCACAAAGACCUUGAGCGUUUGGAGCAAUUAGAGAAGAGAUACAAGGACGAGUAGAAAUCUUCCCAACUGAGAGUCUGGUACUACUGUUAUAGUAUCACUCGGCGUGUGAGUAGUCCCAAAAACUGAAUGAGAGCAUGAUUUGAUCUUGAGAAAAUUUUUACACAGACCCUUUUGUGUUAAUUCCUUCUGCAACUUUUGGUUUACUUUUUGGAGGAACAACAGGCUCUGUUUUUCACGUCCAGAAUUCACCUUUACAGAUUAUAGUUGUUACAAGAAAUAAGAUUUCCUUCCUGUACUAAUAGUAGUGAAGGAAGAAUUAGUGGUCCGAGUAAAAUUUGCAAAUGUCUGUAGAUUGACUUGAGAGACAGCCCUGCCAGAGCAAAGCUGAUCUGGGUGUUCUGGGCUUUGAUGGUUCAGUCAUGGGGCUCAUUUAUCUGUUUGGUUUAAGUAUUUGGCAGUUAACUGCAUGCUGGUCUUGCUUAAAUCGGAUGAGCCGGGUGGAACACUAUAUAUAGGCCCGUCUAAAGAGCUGGAGCGGAUCGGUUAAAAUGUACAUUGGAAGUGGAAGAAAUAUGUUUCUGAAGAUCUGUAGUCAAGGGAUCCUCUCUUAUUUUGUAACCACAAGUCCACAAGACAUGAACCCCAGAAACAAAGAAGUAAACCCUAUGGAACCAAACUCCA